GGUUACGGUGAAAAAGAGGACCGACCUGUUGUAUAAAAAAUGUAGGCCACCUAAAUUUAUAGACGUGGAUAAAAAUUCUUGCUUAGAUAAAAUCGACUUUUCUUUAAGUCCUUUAAAAACACCAGAAAAAUAUAAUAAGCACUUGUCUCCUAUUUUUCCUUCUGAAGUAUCUUCUGCUGGCGCGGAAAGCUUGACCUCAGAAGAAUACACAAGGAAAAAGGUGGAAUGUGUUUUCAACGAAGAUUUAAUUAUUACUCAACUCGGCAAGACCUUUGUGCCUUGGUCGUUGAAAGUUUUCAGCAAUAGCCAAAUGGAGCCUUAUCGUUUUAUGUUUGAAAAAACUCAAGACAGAAUUCUUGCCCUAAACAAACGUAUGGAGCGCCUCGGUUGUAUUUUGCAGAAGAGAUUCAACUUUACACAGAGUAGUCACGUGACCUUUGCACAGCAAGAACCUGUUUGGACGGUGGGCCGCGUGUGCUGCUGUAGUGAAGGCCGCCUUAACGAUAAGUCAAUCGUGCUUCUCCCGCCACUUGAGAUCUCCAACGGUCGCUGUCUGGAACUUGACGUUUCUAAAAUUCCAGAGUUCGCGGUGUUUCCAGGGCAGAUCUUGGGAGUCGAAGGCGUGAACAGUGUGGGAUCAUCACUUCUAGUCAGCAGAGUGCACCAGGACGCCCGAAAGCAAAUGCUGGCGAGCAGAGUAGAUAAACUGAGAAAUUAUGCAGAUCGUAAGUCUCUCGAGCUAACUGUUGCAUGUGGGCCUUUUACCGCUAGUGAUGGCCUUUUUUAUAAAACUUUGGAUGCAUUAAUCGAGGUACUCACAGAAGAGCCUCCUGAUAUUCUUAUGCUGAUCGGCCCGUUUGUCGAUUUAAAACAUCCGGUUAUACAAAGCUGUAGCGUAGAAAAAAGCUUUGAAGAGAUAUACGAAAAUCUUUUAACCCCGCGUUUUAAAAAAGCCCUGAGUUUAUCAGAAAAUUUGCUUUUGUUAAUUGUUCCGUCUCUGCGAGAUGUCCAUCACGAUCGCAUUUUCCCUCAACCACCGUUUCAGGGCCCAUUUAUGCAUGAGAGGCUCCGGUACCUCUCCAACCCCUGCACUUUCUCGGUAAACGAAAUUGUGAUUGGCGUAACUGCCACAGACGUGUUGUUUCAUCUCAGCAAGGAAGAAGUUUUCAAGCAAAGUGAAGGCGUACGUACCGACCGGCUGGGAAGAUUAGCGAAUCACCUAAUCGAGCAACGAAGUUUUUAUCCGCUUUACCCUCCUGCAAUGGAAGUCAACUUGGAGACUAGCCGGAUAGACAAACUCGAGAUGGCCUGCACUCCUGAUAUUUUAAUUCUCCCUUCUGAUAUGAAAUUUUUUGCAAAGAUUGUUAAUGACUCUCUAGCGGUGAAUCCCGGGAGGCUAACAAAGGCCCUUUCAGCUGGAACGUACUGCCAGAUCUCAGUAGCAGGCAUAGACAGCCGACAUCUGGAUGGAGAGGGCGAUGAGACUAAAAUAUCCAACAACAUCGUGAACCGAUCACAAGUAAAGAUUAUGAGGAUAUAAGUGGGGUUUUGCCUAGAAUUAGGUCGUAGCAGCUUUUUUUAUGGCAAA